AUGUCGAUAAAUUUAGUAAGGAGUCCUAGAAAGACUGAAUUUUGGAAACAGACUACACCUCAGGUACUUGGACCAGGAUUUUAUGAUAACAGCAAAUCCUUCAAUGAUGGUCAAAGAGAAAAGUAUGAAAUUUUUGAAAAUAUAUUAAUCUAAUUAAUGUAGUGUCCUGGUGCAUAUGACUCUAAAGCAAACUAAUCAUUUAAAGUUGAUGAUAAGGGCAAUAAUGUCUUUGUGACGAAGAUUGCAAGGUUCUGCCCAACAGCUCCAGGUUCAACAGUUUUCAAGUCUCCUUCAUCUAUCUACAAUCCAGGACCAGGAACUUAUCAAAAGCAAAUACAGUGGAAUUAGGUAAACUCACUAACAAGAAUUAAGCAGAACUACGAUUCAAAUAAGCAUUAAGACUUGAUUAUAAAGCCAUAGGCAAGAGCUCCAUCUAUUCCAGCAAAGAAAAUUUCCUAAAUCGCUUAUUCUGGUCUAGGUCAAGACACAGUUGGUCCAGCUUGCUACAACCCCAAAGAGAAGACUGUUAAAACUAGACAUAGAGUGCCUGACUUCACCACAAGUAAGAUUCCUAGAAAAGUAUUUGAACCAAACAAGACUAGAGAAAAUGACUUGCCAAGCAAAGAGAACCCAGGCCCAGGUUAGUAUGAACUCGGCCAAAAUAUGAGUCAAAUAAAUUAAUAGCCAACAUCUGUAUUCCUAUCAAAAGUACCCAAUUGCAAAGAAUAGAAGAUUAGAAAUAAAGAUGCUCCAGGUCCAGGCUACUAUGAGAAAACAGCUCAAGAAUCAAGCUUCUUAAGUGAUCAUAAGCGAUCAGUGUCUGAAGCUGCUAACUUCUCUGCUACUAAUAAUAACAAUCCAAACAAAGCUAAUAGCAACUUCUUGAGUACCACUAAGAGAGAGGACUACUGGGUUAAUAGAAUAGAUGCACCUUAUACUCACCCAACCAACUUUUAAAAUCCGGGACCAGGAAAGUAUCACUAAGAAAAGAAACAUGAAGAUGUGAAGUCGAAAAUUCUAUUGGAGGGCACUGUUUAAGUACCAUUUUUAGCUGGAACUGAAAGAGAUUGCAAUAAAAAAUAGUAGAAGCAAGGCAAUCCAGGUCCUGGUACUUACAUUGAUAUUAAUGAUCCCUAGCACUCGUCAGUGACUAAGAAUCUCCUCAAGUUUUCAAGUGAUAGGACGUUUGCAGAGGCAAAUGGCAUUAAAAAUGGUGCAUUUGGUUCUACUUAAGAUAGAUUCUUCCAUGGAAUGUUUGAGAUAAAGCCAAACAACACAGUCACUGACUAUCAAGAUAAAUCCAAUAAGAAGUUUAGUGAUCUAAAGUCAAGUGAGAAGACUAGGCAAGGCUCAACUAUACUCAAUGAUAGACCCUAUACUCAAAGUGUCUACUUCAAAUCAACCACUGACAGAUUCUCCAAGAUUGAUGCAUAAAACCCACACAUCAGAAUACUAGAAGCAGCAAAAUAAAAGAGACACUAGUCUAGAGAUGGCCAUAAGCCUCCAGGCUCAGCAAUGAACAUUACUAAUGACUCCACUAGAAUUGGCUCCAGUGGUGUAGUAUCUUAUAUAACUGAGCCACCUAAAUGGACAAGGCAGACAAGAGCUGGUGAUUAUGAGGCAUUCGCAGGCAAGAGAGUGGGAUUCGAUGCUACUUCUCCAAGGUUCAACUACAAUUAAGUCUUUUAUGGUCAGAGUCUGAAGUUCGAAGUGCCAGGUCCAGGCUAGUAUCAGGACAAGGCAGUUAAAGACACAGAGGAUAGACCCUCAACCUACAGCCAGCCAAGAAAUAAGCACCUAAAGUACGCAGUAGUAUUCAACACAUGCGAGAAGAGAUUCAAGAAUAAAGGAAUAAAUAGCUACAUCUAUUAGCCAGGCACCACCUAAAUUGUUGGACCUGGCUCCUAUAUCAACAAUGAGAAUUCUAUGCUUAAGAAAAGUUUUAACAUGUCUAUGGAACACUCAUACUUCCUCUGA